AUGGAGGAUAGCAGCAACAGCAGCGGGAGGGACGACGACCAAGCGAACGGCCUGCUGGCCGACCAGGAGCUGUUCAAGGUGGAGCUGAUGUACACCAGCCGUACUAGUAAAGCGUUCGUGUGUUCGUGCCUGGCCAACCUGUACCAGAAGAGAAGCGGUGCCGCGCCGGCCAAGGCCAAGGACGGCAAGGAGUGGUUCCUGGUCGCCACGGGCAUCCCGGUGCUGGUCGCCGAGCUGAGGGAGACGAGGAACGGCGGGCCGCCGACGUGCGUGCUGCAGAUGCGCAUGACCGAAUACGGCACCGGCUUCACGCUGUGGAUGGAAAGCCUCGACCAGUCCAGUCGAUACAUCGAUAACGAACCAGGAUUUCAUACUGUGGAAAUAAAGAAGAACGAUGACAGCAACUUGACAGUCGGUCUCAGCUUUGACAACCCGGUUUCAGCAAGGAACUUUUUUCACCGUUUCAAGAUUUGGCAGACCGAAUGCCGCAACAGUGCGGAAGUUCAUCGAAGUGGAAGGAAAGGUUUAUUCAAGCAUUCGAUUACCGUCGAAUGGCCGAUGACGAUCGCCGGACUGAUCGCCAGGCAACGGCUGCCGGUGGCCAAAUCAUCCAUAUCCGGGCCGUGUUUCUUCCGUCACGUCACGUCGUUGAGGCCGCACGACAUCCUGAAUCACUCACAGUCGUUUGUAGAUCAAGUGACGACAUUGCCAUCAAGCUUUAAGAGCCAUUCACCGGACAGUCGACGAAUAACUCAGCACUCGAUGAGUCUCCACCGAAACAGUGUCAUGGAAGAGCUGAAGGAACGUUCGUACAACCAGUAG